CAUUGUAUAAAUAGGUUUAUCGCCGCUUGGGUUAAUCCGCGUUAGUGGAGCUAGUGGUACUAGUGAUAACCGCCAAGUGGGUCCAUGCAUUCCUCCAGCUGAUACCGUGGACUCAACAUGCUAGUGGCCUGGCUGCUGGCACUUCUUGUGGCCCGCGUGGUGGCCUGGCUGAUACAGUUGGCGGUACAGGAGCUGCGACAUCCGUUGCGCGGUGUAGUGCCACAUGUCUCCAACAUACCAGUGGUGGGAUCCGCCUGGCAGAUGCGCUCCUUUCAGCCGGACAAUUUACAUGUAAAGUUCGCAGAAUAUGUCCAGCGAUUUGGACGCAGCUUCAUGGGCACUGUCUUUGGACACUGUGUGGUGGUCACUGCCGAGCCGCAGUAUGUGGACGCACUGCUUCACAGCCAGCAGCACCUGAGGAAGGGCACUCUGUACGGCGCCCUCCGUGGCUGGCUGGGCAAUGGACUGCUCCUCAGUCGUGGCGAAGAGUGGCGCACGAUGCGCAAGAUCAUAACGCCCACGUUUCAUUUCAGCAUCUUGGAGCAGUUCGUGGAGGUGUUUGACAGACAGAGCCGGGUUCUGGUGCAGCGACUGGAGCCUCUGGCUGACGGACAACAGGUGGUGAACAUCUAUCCCUACGCGGGACUGGCAGCGCUGGAUAUCAUAAUGGAAACAGCCAUGGGUAUUCGAGUGGAGGCGCAAAAGGAUGCCGAUUCCAAGGUGGUUCAGGCGGUGAAAGACCUCACCAACAUCCUGGCCACUCGGUUUAUGCGGCCGAAUCUCCUGCCACUCUUCCUUUUCCGCUGGUUCUGGCCCAGCGGCUACAAGAAGCAAAUCGAGGGCGUACAGUGCCUACAUCAGUUCACCGACACCAUCAUUGAGCAGCGCCGCAAGUUGCUGGAGGAGCAUGCGAAUGAUCCUAAGACGGGGAAACACCAUGCCCUCCUGGAUACACUGCUGCGGGCCACAUGCGAAGGACAACCUCUGACGGACAGACAAAUCCGCGACGAGGUCAAUACUUUCAUCUUCGAGGGCCACGACACCACCACCUCGGCAGCUUCCUUCUGUUUGUAUCUGCUCUCUCGGAAUGAGGAUGUGCAACAAAGACUGUUCGAGGAGCUGAAGCAGCAUUAUGGCCAGGAUUUGGAGCAGCAAGUGGUCUACGGGGAUUUCGCCGCCUUGCCUUAUUUGAACUGCGUGGUUAAGGAGGCACUGCGUCUAUAUCCGCCAAUUCCAGCGGUGGCCCGGUUUCUGGAAGCAGAUUUGGUGAUAGAUGGCGGUUAUAUUCCCGCCAGAACUAAUGUAGUUGUGCUGCUCUGGCAGCUCCUCCGCGACGAGAAACUCUUUCCAGAUCCCCUCACUUUCCGUCCCGAACGACAUUUGGAUGUAGAGACAUCAAAUCUGGCGGCCUAUAGCUAUAUUCCCUUCUCCGCGGGUCCCAGGAACUGCAUUGGCCAGAAGUUUGCUCUGCUGGAGAUGAAAACCAUGGUGAUUCAGCUGCUGAGGAACUACCAGUUGCUCAAUCUUGGCCCGGACGUAGAGCCCUCCAUCAAGAUUGUGUUAAGAUCACGCAGUGGUGUCAAUUUUGGGCUCAAAAGGCGGGAAUACUGACUUUAAAGUUUAUUUUGUUUUGGUUUUACCGGCGAUAACAAAAGUUAUCGAUAUCGAAAAAGCUUUGACUUUUUUUUGGCGCAAAAGACAGCUAAUUUGAAAACAUCACUCUUUAAUUGUAAAUAAAUUAAAUAUAUAUUAUUAAAAUCAUCUGACUCACAAAGCAAAACAAGAGUGUCAGCUUAAGAGAAUAUGUAAAUAGUUUAUGUAAGCCGUUUAAUCUUCAAUGUUGAUAAGAAAUAUAAUUAAAGAUGAACUGAUUAACACUA